AAAACAUACAACACCGGGUAUUCGCUAAUGGUCACCCACUUAACUACUAAUCCGGCGGUUAGUGGCUUAUUUAGGGGAGAGCAGACGGGAUCCCAAGUUCUCCACUACCUAUGGUCGUAUGUGCUAGGAAACGGCUGUUCUAACACUAUAAAGGAAUUAACUCAUGCUUCGUUAGAUCUAAGA